AUGUUGGUCACUGCCACUGUCUGCUCCCUCAUUCUCCUCUCGGUUUCCCGCCAUCGCGUCCAGCUGUGGCCCUCACAGGGCACGCUCGCUGGCUCUCACCUGACAGGUCCCUGGCCUCAGGACGACAGCCAGCAACAACACAUUCCCUACAUGAGGGACAAAGCGACGCAGACUCCCAGGGCCUGGGCAGAUGAGAGGAGGAGGGGCUCACACAAACGCUCGGCCUCCUGUGGGAGCACCGACCAGCUCAAGGAGAUCGCCAAAUUGCGUCAGCAGCUACAGCGCAGCAAACGCAGCAGCCGCCAUCGGAGGGACAAAGAGCGCAAGGCCCCUUUCAAUGGCAGCCACACCAUUAUCCAAUCGCAGUCACCUAUGCCUAAGACCAUUCUGAUACCCAUCCCUAUAUCCAAGUCGUCGGCCCCUCGUUUCCGCAACAGCGUGGAGGGCCUUAACCAGGAGAUCGAACGCAUCAUCAUCCGUGACACCCCCGAGAAGGAUGAGACUAUUGUUCCACAAGAUGUCCCCGAUGGGCACCGUGCACCCCCUCCUGUCCCCCUACAGCGAAGUAGCAGUACCCGCAGCAUCGACACGCAGACUCCCUCUGGCGGGGGCCUGAGCAGUAACCAUAGCAACUGCAGUAGCCGUCCCGACUCCAUCUCACCCUCCUACCUCACCGUCCUCAACGACACGUGUGGAGGCAGCCCAUACGAGGACAAAGAGCUGGGACCUUGCUCCCCGCUGCCCAAAUACGCCGCCUCUCCUAGACCCAACAACAGCUACAUGUUCAAGAGAGAACCUCCAGAGGGCUGUGAGAAGGUCAAAGUGUCUGAGGAGUCAAUGCCCAAGCCUCUGCAGGAGAUCCCUCCCUUUCUGUGUCCUGACCGCAACAAGGUCAACUUCAUUCCUAACAGCGGCUCUGCCUUCUGCCUCGUCAGCAUCCUCAAGCCCUUACUCCCCGCCCCGGACCUCAACUUUCGCUCCGGCGUGGGCCUGCAAAGCCUAUCCCCAUCCCUUGUGCCUCUGUCCACCCAGCCCUGCCUCCUGGAGGAGCCGGAGAGUUUCUGAUGCCCCCCCUGCAGCCUUCCAGUCCGCACACACCCCUUCCUUUCCUCUAAAACAGCCUCCCCCCACCAACAUAAUCCAAAAACAUUUGAGGAAAUGGCCCUUCUGCUCUAAAAAACUGCCUUCAGCAUGCCAGCUAAGCUCUCUCUGAUGUCCUUAUCUUGUUCAAAAAGCGCUUCCCACUGCCUCUCCUCAUCAGACAACUACAAUGUGAGAGUCCUGCAGGCCUGAGCAGACCUCUGCAGCUAACAUUUCAUCGCUUUCUUCUACCUUAGUGCUGGUUAUUGUUCCUGUUUUUUGGGAGGAAAAGGGAGGAAGGACAGACUUUUUUAUUUCAUCGUAUUAUACCAUGGCGCCUUUCCACGGACAUAUCUUUUUUUCUAUCUGUAGUUAUUUCUCUUGAUAUGAAAUAUGCCUUCCAUGAUAACAAAAAAAGGCUGCUGGUUUCCUUAGUGACCAAGAGUUUGACCACAGAGGCUAAUUUUGGUGCUGCCAGAAAAUAUAGUAGCAAAACUUCAAGAGAUGGGGAAAAAGACGAGUUCAAAAUGUGCCUGAUAUUUUUCACUGAUUUCCCUGAGUCAUCAUAGUGCUCUGAUGAUGUUGAUGUUUAGAUGAGACAUCUUUGCACUAUCGUGGCCAUAUAUUCAUAGAGAAAGGCUGAACCAUCUUCAAAACAAGCAAACAAUGAGACGGUGCAUAAUUCACACCUUGAAACAAGUAAAUACUUUAUUUGGACCACCUUGUAAACCAAAUCCAGACAUCUGUUUUGUACUUUUAUUAGCUGUUUGCCACAAAAGUUAGCUAAAACUGGGACAAAGCGGUGCCUUUGUUACGCUAACUGGUAGCAGUGAACUGGUCCCCUGCUGGGCAGCUUGUAUCUUUGAGGAACACAGGCCAGGGCUAAGCGUGCAGCAUGUUCAGCCUCCUUCCCAAGUCUCCCUCUUUUUACUCCGCCGUAUUUGUUCCUUCUUUUUCCAGCUCUUUAUCCCCUUUUUUCUCUCACUUUCACCGUAAUGCUAAUUUCCUUCUGACUUGCUCAGCUUGUGUUCAAAUGUGUCCAGUAGGGCCCCUCUUCCCUGCAGGACAGGCUCCCUUCUGACGUGCAGGGCUGAGAGUACGGAGAUGUUGGUGAACCUGAGUAUUACACAGCAGACUGGUCGAUGGGGGGGCGUACAAAUUAGAACCCACUUUACUGUGUAGAUUCGGUCUACAAACUGACGGGCAGCAAUUUGAAGUGAAAGAUUAGAGACUAGUGGUGUAGUAGAGCAUUAAUGAGCUAUUUAGACAGAUAGUUCCCUCAGAAAUUUGUAGAGAUUAAAGAUAAAGGUAAAAGAUAGAUUGUAAUAUUAAAAAAUAAUAUCAGAGUUGAAUGUAGUAUAAAAAUAAACAACCGUGGUUGGAUCUGAUGUAACUGUAGACAGUAAAACCCGGAUGUAGCAGGAGUGCAUCCUGAAUGUUGUACUUUCUGACUUUAGAGUGAGCAUAGUUUUAAAAAACAGACUUGCUGUUCUGUUCAGCAACACCUGAAAAUGGGGACUGAGCCUUUAAAGCAGGGGUGGGGAACUC